AUGGAAACUCGGAGAAAAGACCGUCGCCGAGAUCGAAGCAGGGAUCGAGACAGUCGACGAGAUAGUGACCGGCGUCGUGGCCGUCGGGACCGCUCGCGAUCGCGUACUCGACGUCGUUCACGCAGCAGAUCUCGAUCGGCUUCGCGUGACAGACGCAGACGCGACCGCAGUCGCAGUCUCAGUCGCAGUCGUAGUCAGACGCGGAGCAAGGCAGGUGGCGGUGACAUUACUGGUGACUUGCUGCAACAAGUACGUGAACGUGAACGACGCAAGGCUGAGGCGGUCGGACGUGACUACGCGUCACGACCUGCUAGCUACAAGGGCUCGCUGUCGCUAAAAUUGGAUCGCUGGACCACAAGGAAACGAUCGCGCAGUCCAGCGAAGCGAGAGGAAGUCGUGGUGGUGCAGCCAGGUAUGUCGAAGGGCGAUGAGCGACCUCGAAGCAACUCUCCGUCUCCUGGAAAACCCCGCGAGUCGGAGGGGCGUUUGAAAAAGCUCCGCGAAAUGUACGGUGAUGCGUCCUCUAAGACCAAAGACGAAUAGAAGUAGCGGAUGCUGCGCGGAAGAGCGAAGGAUACGUUAAGCAGUCAGACAACAUGAAUACAGCGGAGCAGCAAGUGGUGCGUGCAUGG